AUGGCUCCCCUUCUGAAGCUCUUUCUGGCGCUUUCCUUGGCUCUCACCUCUCUAUCAGCAGCCUCGGAUCAAGCUGUUCCCGACUUCUCCCCCGGUGGGUGUCUGGAUCCCCCGGGCGGAAUCGCCACUUUCCGCCCCUUGGUGGAAGACCUAGAAGCCCGGAAUCCGUUCCCCGGUUACAACGGAACGGUCCCCCGGGGGAUCCACCAGAUGACGUAUGCCGGGACGUCAGUGUGGAAUAGCCAGGGCAUGAAUCUGACGCAAGCGGCCCGCGCGAUGCUGGGGGAUCCCUUUGCGUACUUUGAGACGGCGCUGUUUACGGUCUACAAGAUGAUGCUGCUGAACCAGUCGGAGUAUCUGCCCUACAUGAUCCAUACCGGCUGGUGCGAGAACUUCGGGCCACCCAAUCUUGCAAUCCCGAACAAUGGUCACUGGCCCACCGACGACAAGGGACCCUGGCCCCAGUACAAGUUCUUCAAGGAGCUCAUCUGGGACAUCGUGCCCGCGCUCAAGAGCUCGGGGCUGGUUCAAAUCGGGGCGGGGCUCACCGAGGCGCAGGCGGUCUGCCGCGCGAAGCGCAUGCUGGACGACCGAUUCUCCGGCAUGACCCGGGGGCAAAUCGACCGGGUGUACCUGGGGGGGGCCGGGGUGGAUCUGGGGGAGGACCCGUACGACGCUCUAUACUCCUCUUGCUACCAGGGUCUGACGAACAAAGUCUACGGGCCGGAUGUCGUCUUUAUGAACCCCGACCACAGGAAACGUGGUUUGGAUCUCAACUUUUACCAGAACCACCCGUGCCCACAUCCGCACGACUACUCCGAGGUGAUGACGCCGGGCUAUCGGUUCCCGGACAUGAUCGCGGGCUACCAGGCGCUGACGUGGGACAAAAAGUCCCAGAACCGGAAGCACCCGCACGAACAUUACAAGGCCAUCGAAUGGGCCCUCUUCCCGGUAGAGGACGCCGGUAUUCGUUACGUCAUCAUACUCGGGCCGCAGGAGCUGGACCACCCGGUGCAUUGCGCCGACCGAGACGCCGCCGGCCGCUUCGUGGAGUGCGCCCCCGACUGGUUUCCAGAAAACAAUCAUUUCUAUCCCCGGUGCGAAUCCACAAAAGGCCCGCAGCCGUACCACGUUCUUACGAACGUUACGAUCCCCGCGGUUGGGGUGCUCUACCGGGCGCUCCCGGAGUGGCGCGCCGCGGCUGCAGAGAUCAACGCCGCGCGCGCGCGCUGCGCGCGCGGCGUGCUAGCGCGGUACCGGCCCGGGAACGCGACGCUGAAGAAGCCGCUCGGCGCGCGCGAGCGCGCGCGGCUGGAGGGCGUGCUGUCGACCGACAAGGAGUCCUUCCAGAUGGGGCUGUGGACAGCGGACAUGAUCGACCCUUCCGCCGCAACCGGCGAACCAGAAUCGCUCAUGGGUCUCGGGAAGCAGCAACCGGGCGCACCACCGCUGUUCGUCGUGGCGCUAUUGGCCCUCGGGAGUGUGACCGGGGACUUGCUCGGGCAGAAGGCGCGGCAGCACUUUGGGUCGAGUCGCCGACUGCACUUUGUCAGCAUCACCGUUUCUGCUCUCCUCGUCCUUCUACUGGGCUCCCUCGGUGCCCUUCUUUUCCCCCGGGGGACCGGCCGGCUCGUCGCGCGCGGCCGCGUGGCGCAGUGCUACCGCGAGGUUUUGGCGGGUUUACCGGGCAAAGACGGAACCUUUUGCGCGGUCUGGCCGGAGGAGUGUUCCCCGGUAGAUUGCCCCGCCCAGGGUCCGGCGACGAUCGGAGGCGCGAUCGGCGCGCAUCCAGCGCUGCUGCUUCUGGGGCUCUUUGCGAUCGUCGACUAUCUAUGCGAGGGCGUGCUGACCUCGCAUUCCCCAAGCGCCCUCUUUCGAUCCUUGGCCGCUUUCCUCGCCACCCUCGUUGUCGCCCCGCUCGCGCACCUUUUCGGCUACGCGGAAACGCUUCCUCCCGCUUACGUCAUCCUCGUGGGCGCAUUGGGCACGUGCCUCUGCCUCUACGAUCCGACACGUGGCACCAUGACAGCAAAGCACGUGGAGCUGUCCACGGUGGAUGAGAUAGAGGACGGCGCCGAAAGCCCGUGGGACCUAGAAAGCCCGGGGGAAAGCCCCGGGGCAAUUGCGGACGUCGAAAGGCCGCCGAAUUUGAUCACCUUGCCGAACCUGGUUACCGGGGCGAAUCUGGUUAACGGGCCGAGUCUGGUUGACAAGCCGUAUCUCGUUAACGGGCCAAUUCUGGAUAAUGGGCCAAGUCUGGUUAACAGGCCAAAGGUGGUUACUGGGCCGAGUCUGGUAAACGGCCCAGAUCUGGUCAACGGCCCAGAUCUGGUCAACGGGCCGGUUCCGGUUAACGCGCCAAACCUGGUUAACGAGCCAAACCUGAUUAACGGGGUUAGCGGACCGGCGCUGCAAGGAAGCGAGCCCGCCCGAGAGUACCGGUCACUGACGCUGCAUGACGUCGAGAAGCGCGAGUUUGCGAAAUCUUCGGAGCACACAGAACUGCUCGGGAGAGGGAAGGGGGAUCCCCCGGGUGCGGCUCGCCGCCCGGUGGGCAAGUACCUUCUGGUGGGCGUCAGCUUCGGGGUGAUGGUGACGUCAGCGGCGACGUGGGCACUGGUGCCGAUGCUGGUCGGGGACUGCUGCGGUCUCAACGCGUUUGGCUUGACUGCGCUGGACCAGGUCUUCCCACUGCUGUUCCUGGGCGCCUUCUUCUGCCUCUGCGACUGGCUGCCGUUGCGCGCGCGCGCGCUCCUCCUCCUGGACGCGCGCGAUCGCGAGCAGACCCUCGCGCAGGCCGCACGCCACGCGGCCGCGCAAUGUCGCGCGGCGCGGGGAACCGUGCUCGCGCUCGUGCUCGCGCAGCGCGCGCUCGUCGUCGCUCGCGUGGCGGGCUUCUUCUGGCUGGCCGUCCGCUUCAGCCUGACGUCACUCAUGUUCGAGUUUGCGGUGUCCUACGUCAGCAUGAGCUGGCUUGCCGACGUGGGCGUCAGCGCGCUUGCGCCUGGAUUUAUUGACAACGAGCGUGCGAACGGCUUCCCGGUCGGUGCCGGCUCGUACCGGGUUAUGUGGGUUAGGGCGAUCGGAACGGUUAUGCUAGGGUUAGCGUUGGGGCUUAACAAUGGUUAG